AUGUACAUCACGAGACAGUCCCUCCGAACCAUUGCCUGGUCUACUCUUGCACUCUCCGCAGCCCGCGCGCAAUUUGUCAUAGACAACCUCAGCUUCGGCCAGAAAGAAGGCGUCUACAUUUCCCCCGAUCUCCGUUCAAUCCCUCACUUCGUUGUCCAAGGCAUCAACGACUACGUGCCCCAGGUUCUGUCCGAUCGAGUGAUCCUCACACCUCCGUAUCCCGGCAAUAAGCGCGGAUCAAUAUGGGCACAGGAUCCCCUACAUCAACGCGACUGGACCGCCGAGCUCGAUUUCAGAGCAACGGGAAUGGAGCGCGGAGGUGGCAAUUUGCAGAUAUGGUAUGUCAGGGAGUCGCAAGCGCAUGAGACUCCGGCUAGUCUCUACACAGCGCCUAAGUUCGAUGGACUGGUCUUGGUGAUAGAUCAAUACGAGGGACGUGGAGGCUCAGUGCGGGGUUUCUUGAAUGACGGGAGUGUUGAUAUCAAGAGCCAUCCACACCCAGACACACUAGCUUUCGGCAAGUGCGACCAUGCGUACAGGAACCGCGGCCACCUGAGCACGAUCAAGCUACAUCACACAGCAGGCUUCUUGGAGGUUAUUGUGGACGGAGAGUCUUGCUUCAAAACUGACAAGAUCAAGCUACCCGAAGGCUACUACUUUGGAGUAAGCGCCUCCAGCGCCGAAAACCCCGACUCGUUCGAAGUCCACAAGUUCGUCGUCUCAACCACCGACUCGCACACGCGCGAAGAACCGAACAAACAGCGCUACGCCAACGCCGACCAACACCAGGAGCAACAGAACAUAGCUGCGCAGAAGGCCCACGAACAGCAAACCCACCGCCAGCAACAGCAACAAUACGGAUCCUCCACCGAUCAAAACAACAUUCCCAAGCUGGUGGAGGAUGUAUUGGCGGGCAAUAUCAAAACCCAACAAGACCAGUUCGCUGACCUACACAACCGGAUCCAGAUUAUCAACAACCGCGUAGCCAACAUGCUCGAUAUCGUCGAACAAAUGCAUCAAUUGAACGAACAACGCUUCAACGACCUUAUGCACCGCAUUGUGCCCAUCGAUGACCGCUCAGCGGCAACAAUAAGGAAUGUAGAAAAGGUCGAAAGAACCACCAUGGAGAUUCUGAGGGAUCUGGAGAGCAAGGAUUUCAAGGAUAUGUUGCAGCAGGUUCACCGAGCGAUCGAGAACAGUCAAGAGGGUUUGAGUAGAACUCUACCGCUGGCUAUGGGUGCUGUUGUGGGAAGUCAUAAGCCAAGCCUGCUGUUGUUCCUCUUCAUUGCUAUUGCAGUGCAGAUCAUGGUCACAGGGGCAUACAUUGUGUAUAAGAAGAGGAGGAACGGGGCGCCGAAAAAAUACCUGUAG